AUGGGAAAUCCAUCACAGCCAAACUCUCCUCAGGUGGUGCUGAUUUCAAUGACUGGGGCCUAUCACAUCCAAGACAGCGUCCCAGAGAAUAAGAUGAACCAGCAAAAGCCAGACAGCCGCUUGCUGUCAGUCAUAGUCAACCCCACCGUGUUCUUCGACAUCAUGGUCGAUGGUGAACCUUUGGGUCAUAUCUCCAACGAACUGUUUGCAGACAAAGUUCCAAAGACAGUAGAAAACUUUUGUGCUCUGAGCACUGGAGAGAAAGGAUUUGGUUAUAAGGGUUCCUCCUUUCACAGAAUUAUUUCAGGAUUCAUGUGUCAGGGUGGAGACUUCACAACUCAUAAUGGGGAGAAAUUUGAGGAUGAGAACUUCAUCCUGAAGCACACAGGUCCUAGUAUCUUGUCCAUGGCAAAUGCUGGACCCAACACAAAUGGUUCCCAGUUUUUCAUCUGCACUGCCAAGAUUGAGUGGUUGGAUGGGAAACACACAGUCUUUGGGAAGAUGAAGGAAGGCAUGAGCACUGUGGAAGCCAUGGGGCGCUUUGGGUCCAGGAAUGGCAAGACCAGCAUGAAGAUCACCAUUUCCGACUGUGGACAGCUCUGA